AGCGGAGGGGACAAUAAUGAAGGCCUUGUUUUGUCAAAGCCAGUGGAUGGAGAGCGACAGUUUUCUGUCAAUGACUCCAUUAUUGGAAGACCUAGUGGGGGCUUCAUCGCAAAGGUUGUGGAAGUCUACUCUAGCGGAAAUUUUCUUCUAGUGGAAGUAAUUUCUGCCAACCUUGACGAAAAUGGAACUAUUAUUACUGCUGUGGAUAUUAAUAUGCUGAAAAGUCACCACAGACGAAGGAGGCGCUCAACGAGAUACGACUUUGAAUUGGCAAGUUUUAAACCCAACAAAAUACACCACAAGCUGCUGUCAACAGGGAUCGCCGAGCUGAAAGUCUCUUUGGGGAUGUCCUUUACAAUGAAAAUGUUUCUUGAGAUAGAGAAAAGUUGGCUCGGAUUUGAAAUAGAAGAUGCUACUGCUGGUCUGGAGUUAGAUGGAAGCUUAGAUUUUUCUUUGACAUUUACUGUUGGUGGGAAGCUAAGGUAUAACAAAGGUCUAAACGUCAUGAGAGAAAAACAGCUCGGUCGUUCGAUUUAUAUUCCCGUUGGGCCAAUUAGAAUUCCUGCUGGGCUUUUCUUAGGAAUAACAGGACGUGCAUCUAUUGGAUUAUCUGUAAGUUGA